UCGAAGCGGGCGGAGUUCCAGCUGUCGUCGUGCGCGAGAGCUUGAACAUCACGCAGCGUUUGUAAAGCGGUGCCGUAGUUUUUGAGGGGAGGGCUUUGUUUCUGUUUGUAUUUGUUUAUUGGGAGCUCGCGCAUGCACCCGGUUCUCCAGCUCUCAAUCAGGCUGCAUCCGUUCACAAAGUGAUGGAUAGCUGACGCUGAACGACUAAAGCAGCUCGGUUUGCAGCGUAUCUUUCAGUGAGAAAGUUAACGGCGCGGGAAUUUUACCGUCUAAAGUCGUGAAUGUGACACCACGGGCUCCCCCAGGACUGACACCCCCUUUUACCCCCUUUCCCACUUCCCCCCUCUUCCACCAUGGUCGUGCACGGCUGCAGCAGCACCAGCCCGGCGGCGUCCUGCACCCGCACCGGCAGGCGCACGCACAAGCGCCUGGACAGUGACGAGCCGGUGGCGAAGUGUCCCAGGCUGAGGCUGAGCGAGGCCACUGCGGGCGACCCCGCUGUCCUGGGCCCCUCUCCGGGAUGUCCGGCGAGCGGAGGCCCCCCGAGGUCACCUCCGGCCCCCCAGGGUCCGUCCCGAAUCGGCCGCUUCCUGCUGCUGCCUCUGGCUGAGCGGGCAGGGCUCCACAGCGCCCUGGACACGGACACUGGAGAGGAGCUGCUGUGCAAGGUGUUUGACAUGGGACAGUACCAAGAGAAGAUUAGGGCCUACAGUAUGUUGCCAAGACACAAGAACGUUGCCCAAAUCAAAGACAUUGUCCUCGGGGAGCGCAAGGCAUAUGUGUUUCAGGAGAAGGACUAUGGCGACAUGCACACAUUCGUGAAGAGCUGUAAGCGUGUGCCCGAGGAACAGGCCACCAAGCUUUUCUUCCAGGUGGCCUCAGCGGUCACUCACUGCCACCAGGCCGGCAUAGUGCUGGGGGACCUCAAGCUUCGCAAGUUUGUGUUCUCCGAUGAAAAGAGGACUCAUUUGAAGCUGGAGGGUCUGGAAGACUGUCAUAUUCUGACCGGUGAGGAGGACUCUCUGUCAGACACCCAUGGCUGCCCAGCGUACGUCAGCCCAGAGAUCCUGAGCGGUGGGGGCAGUUAUUCAGGGAAGCAGGCAGACGCCUGGAGCCUGGGGGUCAUGCUCUACACAAUGCUGGUGGGCCGUUACCCCUUCCACGACCCAGACCCAGCCACCCUGUUCUCGAAAAUCCGACGGGGUGUGUUCUGCCUGCCGGAUGGCCUGUCGCUGCGGGCACGCUGCCUCCUGCGCAGCCUCCUCCGGAGAGAGCCCUCAGAGAGACUGACCGCUGCUGAGGUGCUCAUCCACCCGUGGUUCCACAGCAGCACACGGGACGUAGAAGGCCCAGAGCAGGAUGUGGGCUCCGCAGAGCAGAUGGUGCCUCAGGUCGAAGUGGAGCUGGACGAGCAGCUCUUCUGCUGAUGAAAACCCCCACAAGCUCACAUUUGGACCAAAACUGUUCCAGACACCCCUACGGGUUCUUUUAUUUCGCAUUACGCUUAGGCAUGCACAGGGGUGUAAAUCUGUGACCUUGGAGAUUUGAUUGCAUUACGAUUCUUUAGGAAGCAAUUUAGUGGAUCAAGAAAUUUGAUUGAAAGUUAUUUGAUUUGAUUAUUUUGGUAGGACUCAUUUCUAAAAUACUCAAAUGCACAAAUGUGACAAUUUACACAGGAAUGCAAUAUAAAUAAUAAUAACAAGGAUUUUUUUAGAUUGAAAAUUAGCCUAAAAUUUUAUUUUGGCCAUAUAAUUUGUCCAUACUUUAAUGAAUAUCAUUAGAAUGAUAUUAUUCCAAAGGCUAUGGCACACUGACCCAACAAUCCCCAACACCAACAAUCUUAUGUUGGCAGCCAGCUUUAUAUUGUUCCAGAAAAAUAGUGUGAAUGGGGGAGAACAUUCUAGAGCAGUGUGAAUGUAGGAAACACUCUAGAAUAGUAUGAAUGAGGAAGAACAUACUGCAACUAUGUGAAUUGGGAGAACAUUCUAAAACAGUAUGAAUAAGGGAGAGCAUUCUAGAACACUAUGAAUGAGGGAGAACAUACCAGAACAGUAAGAGUGGGAAAGAAUGUUCUAGAACCAUGUGAACAGAGAACAGACCAGAAGAGUGGGGAAGAAUGUUCUAGAGUAAAAAGGGGAGAACAUUCUAGAACAGUGUCAAAGGAAGGAACGCUCAAGAAUAGUGUAAAUGGGGUGAACAUUCUAGAACAUUCUGAAUGGGAAUGACAUAGAACAGUGUGAAUAGACAAACUCUAGAGCAGUAUGACUGGGGAAGAACAUACUAGGACAAUGUGAGUGAGGUGUACUUUCUAGAAAAGUGUGGAAGGAGGCGAACAUUCUAGAAUGGUAUGAAAGGAGGGCAACGCUCUAGAACAGUGUGUAAAAAAGGAGAACAUUCUAGGACAGUGUCAAUAGAGAGGGCACUAUAAAACAGUGUGAAUGGAGAGAAAGUUCUAGAGCCUUCCAGCAGUCACACAUAGGCAUGGCACACCAGCCCAGCGUUUGAGCUUGAUGGUGUUUAUUGAAGAGCGUUGAGUCAGUGUGCUCCGAGCGUAACAUUCCAAAAUCAGUGCAGUUGAAUCGUCGUCUUCUGGUGCAUUUUUACACCCCCUGGUUUGCACCUGUGCACAUCCUCAAAAGUACUGUAUCAUCUGUGUUAGGGUAAGAGGCAUGGUGCGCAGUGGCCGACGUAUGCAGAAGUGAUUUCGGUGCUAACGACCUGUUUUGUUGUGCUGUAUGAAGUAAACACUGAGGCAGGGUACACAGGCAUGAGAAAGCGAGGCAGUCAUCAAGAUGACAAAGCUCUGCCAAGUCCCGAGGACUCCAAACACAUUAGCUAAAGAGGGGGGAAGGGACACGGGCCUGAACUCUAGCUCUGCUCACACUCUUCAAACCAGAGGCAUCCACUGACUCACUCACUGACUGCAACUGCACCAGAGGGGCUUGUCUUCUUUUAAAGGGAUUGAUGGACUCAACAUAUCUACACAUUUACAUGAAGCAUACACUGAUCUGAAUCAAGGUGACUGUACGGCCUUGUAACUCUCCUAAAGGUGCCAAACUGUAUGGGAGGGGCGAUGUGUGGCCAGUCUCUGACCUCUGAGGCUUUAGGGUUUGUUGGCAAUACUGACAUCAAAGCCCUUGGCUGACUGUUUUAACUAUUAGUAUUGGAUUAAGAUUCAAAGUGGCUUAUUUUCCGCAUAUAAGCUGAGGAAUCUUAAUUAAAUGCAGCCAGGAAGUGUGUCUACAUUGCACAGUUUGAAUCAUACCUAUUUAAAUGGAUACUGAAGCUUUCUUUCGAAAUGUGUUUAAAUAAUGAUGUCAGUAAACCUCGUGCCCUGUCCUUACUGGUUCGCUUGCUGGUCCUGUUUGUGCAGUGUUUCUUUACUUGAAUCCUGUGAAGUAACCUAAGGCUCGGGGGCUUUUAGCACUGCAGGCAAAGCCAGGUGUAGUUGUGAGUAAGAUAUGUGAUGACUCAAUAGCUGGUGUUUCAAUUGAGAAGUGGAUCAGGCUGAGAUUAUUCUGUAUGAAUGUAUGUGGUUUUUUUUUUUGGUUUGUUUUUUUACUUACGCUCUACUGUAAGCUACAGCGAAAAAAAAACCCACCCACAAUAGCUUAGCUGAAAUGGUAGAGUCGUGUCUUUGUAGGCUUUAACCUCGCCUGCCCUUCUGUUCUGAGAAGUUGUACUGUAUGUUACCUCUGAGGCAAAGCACCAGGACAAUAAUAAUAAUAAUAAUAAUAAUAAUAAUAAUCUGAGGUUGGUCGGCCAGCAUAAACGUCUAGCUCAUGCAUGCGGCUCAUUGCAAAUGCUGACACGGGUGCGCAAAGUUCAUAUUGCACUGUGAAUUAUGUAUUAGUGACACAACCUCAAGGCUAGACCAAGAGCGUCUGACAGAAAAUAUUAAUUGUAAAAGGAAAAAAACAUGUAAAUAUGUACAUUCUAAUUGUGUGAACAGAUUGAAUAAAGAUCAUCUUUUCCAUAUUUAA